AUGUCCACGAACAAUUCCAAACAGCCAGUGUCUCCUGCAGCGGGGCUCCUUUCAAAUACAACUUGCCAAAUAGAAGAAGAGCUUUCAAUAUCUUUUUCGAUAACCUUCAUGACAGUGGGAAUCUUAUCAAACAGCCUUGCUAUUGCUAUUCUCAUGAAGGCAUACCAGAGAUUUAGACAGAAGUACAAGUCAUCGUUUUUGCUUUUGGCUAGUGCUCUGGUAAUCACAGAUUUCUUUGGGCACCUCAUCAAUGGAGCUAUAGCAGUCUUUGUAUAUGCUUCUGAUAAAGACUGGAUCCAUUUUGACAAAUCAAACGUCCUUUGCAGUAUUUUUGGUAUCUGCAUGGUAUUCUCUGGUCUGUGCCCACUUUUUCUAGGCAGUGUGAUGGCCAUUGAGCGAUGUAUUGGAGUCACCCAACCAAUAUUUCACUCUACGAAAAUUACAUCCAAACAUGUUAAAAUGAUGUUGAGUGGAGUGUGCUUUUUUGCUGUUUUCAUAGCUUUGCUGCCCAUCCUUGGGCAUCGUGACUAUAAAAUUCAAGCGUCGAAGACCUGGUGUUUCUACAAUACAGAUCACAUCAAAGACUGGGAAGAUAGGUUUUAUCUUUUACUUUUUUCUUUUCUGGGGCUCCUAGCCCUUGGUAUUUCAUUUUUUUGCAAUGCCAUCACGGGAAUUUCACUUUUAAGAGUUAAAUUUAAAAGUCAGCAGCACAGACAAGGCAGGUCUCAUCAUUUUGAAAUGGUCAUCCAGCUCCUGGGUAUAAUGUGUGUCUCCUGCGUUUGCUGGAGUCCGUUUCUGGUGACAAUGGCCAGCAUUGGAAUGAAUAGGCAAGAUUUUAUGGGUGCCUGUGAAAGAACCCUUUUUACUCUUCGAAUGGCAACAUGGAAUCAAAUCUUAGAUCCCUGGGUGUAUAUUCUUCUACGGAAGGCUGUCCUUAAGAGUCUCUACACAUUUACCAGACGCUGUUGUGGAGUACAUAUCAUCAGCUUACAUGUUUGGGAGCUUAGCUCCAUUAAAAAUUCCUUAAAGGUUGCUGCUAUUUCUGAGUCACCAGUUACAGAGAAAGUAACUCAGCAAACAAGCACCUAGUUCAGUAGGAUGGUAAAUCAGUGUAGGUCUAGGACCAAAUUAAGGAAAGUUUUGGCAAUAUUUCAGUUAAUGUAUAAAUAUAGAGAGCCUAACUGGAAAAAUCAACCCUCAGCCAGAUAGUCUGGGGUGCACUUUUGUCAGAUUUGGCUUUUGAAAAUUUGUUAAAUUAACUGUAUAAUUGCGCAUUUUCACAUGUUUUUGUCAACCGGAGGUAAACGUGAUGAAAUAAUGCCA